UUUUACUUUAUUCUUCUUUAUUCUAUGUUAUUCUAUUUCUUUCCCACUUUACCAGGAUAGUGUUACAGAAUCCAAUCUGGAUCCAAUAUGAGAGAAGUUCCCUAAGGAUGGACUGAAAGCUCGGAAGACUAAAUCUCUAGUCCCGGUGACUGACCUGGAUUGGAUCCUGCAAUCUCAAGCUUUCUUUGUGUGGCUUAGGCUUGCUUUUCUUGACCUCUGGCUGUUCCUCUUGGAAUAUUGUAGAAAUCAAACUCAACACCACUUCUCUCAUUGCAAUAAAGGAAACUCUAAGCCAUACCACCCAACAUCUGGACCAACAACUAGAGCACUUCAAGAAGAAGACUGAAAAGAGAGAAACCUUUUUUUUUUUUUUGGAAGGAGGAAGAAAAAUAACUGGGGCUAUUUAAGGACCAGGAUCAACUCUGCAAAACUCCUGUUCAUUGCAAGGAAGAGGCCCAGCCAUGAGCUCCCGAUGCAGGCCAGUUUCGGCCGUAUUCUGCCAGAAUCAUAGCAAAAUGAGAAUAACAAGUUAGCCUUCCAGCCUGCAUCAUUUUUGCCUUAGCAACCAGGUAGCCAAUGGGGAGAGGAGGAACUGUUGAUGUUCCACAAGGUAGCUGGUAGGCGUGCAGAUCCAGGGGAAGGGGCUGGAAAGAUGCUUCAGAACUGAUUUCUUUCCAAUCGACCACCCGCUUCAUCUCCCGGCUAGGCCGAAAAGCUGCCGCAGCAGAGUACCCCAAGGAGGCAAAGAGCGGUUAUUCUAAUUGGUUGUCAUAAGAACAACCCCAGCUUCAUUCUCCAUUAAUGACAAGAACCAUCUAGCUUCUUCCAUAGCCUCAAGGUCCGUUGGGUUUCCCAGGGAUCUCCCUGCCCAGCCUUGGCCAGUUCCAGCUGGUUGAAUUUUCGGAGAUCUGUCAAGGUUGGGGAACUUAGUGGUGCAUUACUCACAACCUCCCUCCUCACAGAGCGUAGCGUCGUUAUUCCAAUGGCAACAUCUGCAUUGAAAAAAACCAAUCAGAAAGUUACCUACUUCAUCAAGCCUGGUUCCUCUCCAAAUCCAGCUACAGCGCCAGUUGGACCGAAAAAGUAUGGCUUAAUCAGUGCCAAAUAUAAAGGUCCAGGACCUGGGAAGUAUAACCGACGACCUUGUACUGGUAUUAAGAAUCACGACUUCACUAAGUAUACUGAGCCAGCUUUUACCAUGCGUGUGAAGUCCAGCCCAAAAACAAUCAUGGUGCUGGAGAGCCCUGGACCUUGUUACUAUGUGGAUCCUAGCGUUUCCCGCUUAGGGAUAUGGAGGCCGGUAUCAUUCUUCAUGCAACAGCGAGGAAAGAGCACAACUAUAGUGACAACUCCCGCUCCGAAUGAGUAUCAUGUGGAGAAGUUGCACCCCAUUGAUGAACCGAAUGCUCCAGUGUAUACCAUAGGUGCUCGAACGCCCUAUUGGCUGAAUAACCCAACUCCAGCUCCCAACAAAUAUGCGCUGCCUGGGACCCUGGGCACCAAGGUGCCCAAUAAAAGGGCAGCUCCCUGCCUGUCGAUCACUUCCAUUGCUCCCGGACGAGAUUAUGUGGUGAGGAAAGGGCCUGGCCCAGCCGCCUACACUAUUCCAGAGCCAGAUGUUUACUUGCGACAUCAGCCUUCCUAUACAAUGUCUCAAAGGUUCAUUCCUUCCAGCAAGGAGCAUACGCCAGGCCCACUGGACUAUAGCGCAGAACAGGUCACCCUCCACAAGCCCAGAGCCCCAUGCUUCAGUCUGGGUGUUCGCCACUCCGAAUAUGCCCAUGGCACGCCUACGGUUUAUCUCAUCCAAGAAUGAGCGUGGGCCACAAUUGGAAGACAAGAAGAUCUUCAGCAAGGUUCAGAUGCCAAAGGUCUCAUACCGGGAGAGCUUCAUCUACUAGGUUAAAGCCAGCUGGUGGGCAGGGUAAGGUGAGAGAGAGUGUGUUAAGAAGUUGUGGGUGAUGGUUCAGUUGGAACUCCAGGUCAUUUUUCAGUCUAUGGAAGCAAAGUUCUCCUUUGCAAAAUCCUAGCCAAGUCCUUCCUGUCUUCUUUCUCAUACUUCUGGAAUCUAAUGAUAAUAUUUUUCAAGAAAGUGACUUUAUCUAUUGUUUACCCUUCCCUGUGGAUUUAUGGUUGGAAAAGGUUUCUCAAGAGAAGGGAGACAAAUUGUCCUUUUUCUGGGAUUAUU